AACAAAUGAAAGAGUUUUGGGAAAUUGGACAAAGUCAUUGUAAGAAAGAUUCACAUUUCAACUCAUUUUCAGUGUGUGCAACCCCAAAUUUCCGCUACAUCUCUAUCAGAAACCUAGUUUUUUAGUGGGAAUUUCAAUCCAAGUUCGCAUCGCUUAAUGCCUUUUGUGUGGAUUUUGUGCUUUAAUUAAUUAUUUGAAAGUCUCUCUCCCGCACUUUGAAAUAAACUGUCGUCAAUGUUGUUCUUUCUCUAGAACAUUUGGUACUGUUCUGUAGCUGUUGUUGAAUAGAGUGUAAGGAGAAAAAGGAAGAAUAGGAGGAGGAUAAAUGAUGUAAAAGGUGGUUGGUAUUUGGGAAACCAAGUUUUUGUAACAGUUUGGUUGAUUGCUCGAAAGUGUUUCAAUGGAGCAAAGUUUGGGUUCAGACUCAGGUCCUGCUGAUAAAUCUAGGGUUUUGAAUGUGAAGCCAUUGCGAUGUUUGGUGCCAAUAUUCCCAUCUCCACCAAACUUUUCUCCAUUUUCUCCAGGGCAAUCUGCCCCUUUUGUGUGUGCCAAUCCAUCAGGUCCUUUUCCAUCUGGGUUUGCUCCCUUCUACCCCUUUUUCAGUCCUACAGACUCUCAAAGGCCACCUGAACAAAAUUCACAAACUCCAUUUGGUGUCCACAAUCAACCUGGGCCUUUUGGCUUCAACAACCCAAUUCCAGGGGCAGUUCCAAUAACUUCAUUUAGAACACCCCCUCCGCCACCCCCACCAGGAGUGGCAGCAAAUGGAGAUACAGGACCAUCGAGGCGGAAUUAUCAGACUCACACCACUGGUAUUCAAUCACAAUCUCAAAGUGAGGAGGCAGAUGACAAUGAGUACAGUGAGACCCCAAAUCAGAAUGCCCAGUAUCUGAGCAGUUUCAGCAUGCAUGUUACUGAUGCAGAACGUACAAGUAAGGCACAGAGGUCAAAGAGUAAGUCUCAGAAGAGAGGAAGAAAAGGCCAAGAGGUUAAUUUUUCCUCACCUGAAGUUGAUGUGGAGUUAAUCAUCAGUAAUAUUCUUAAUUCAUGUAAUCUUAUGGCAUUUGAUACAUUCCGACGGGCUGAUGGUGACAAGGAAUCAGUUGGAUAUAUACUUAUGGUAUAUGACUUGCUUCGAAGAAGGAUUACACAAAUUGAAGAUGGGAAGGAAGCAACACCUGGGGUAACUAGACGACCCGACUUAAGAUCCGGUACAAUCUUGAUGAAUAAAGGGAUCCGGACAAAUAUCAAGAAGAGAAUUGGACUUGUUCCAGGUGUUGAAGUUGGGGAUAUUUUCUUUUUCAGGAUGGAAAUGUGCUUGGUAGGGUUGCAUGCUCCAUGUAUGGCUGGGAUUGAUUACAUGGGUCUCAAGAUCAGUCUGGAGGAAGAGCCUGUGGCUGUCAGCAUUGUUUCAUCUGGAGGAUAUGAGGACAAUGUGGAGGAUGGGGAUGUGUUGAUUUACAGUGGCCAAGGUGGGAAUAUUUACAGGAAGGAUAAGCAAAUAAUUGAUCAGAAGCUUGAAAGGGGGAAUCUUGCUUUGGAGAAAAGUUUGCAUCGGGGUAAUGAGGUGAGAGUCAUUAGGGGUCUAAGGGAUGUGGUGAAUCCAACAGGGAAAGUAUAUGUGUAUGAUGGUCUCUAUAAGAUUCAGGAGUCGUGGGUGGAGAAAGGGAAAGCAGGUUGCAAUGUUUUUAAGUAUAAAUUGGUUAGAUUGCCUGGUCAGCCAGAGGCAUUCAUUACCUGGAAGUCAAUUCAACAAUGGAAGGAAGGUCUUUCUUCUAGAGCUGGGGUUAUUCUGCCAGACCUUACUUCAGGGGCAGAAAAUUUACCUGUUUCCCUUGUAAAUGAUGUUGAUGAUGAAAAGGGGCCUGCAUACUUCACAUAUUUUCCUAGUCUUAGAUAUUCAAAACCAGUAAAUUUAACAGAACCUUCUUUUAGCUGUAAUUGCCAAGGUGGAUGUCUUCCUGGGAACUCCAACUGCUCCUGCAUUAAAAAAAAUGGAGGCUACAUCCCAUAUAAUGUAGCUGGGGUUCUUGUGAACAACAAAUCCUUGAUAUAUGAGUGUGGUCCUUGUUGCUCCUGCCCUAUUAAUUGCCGAAACCGAAUUUCCCAAGCAGGUUUGAAAGUCCGCUUGGAAGUUUUCAAAACUAAGGAUAAAGGUUGGGGUCUGAGGUCUUGGGAUCCCAUCCGUGCAGGAGCUUUUAUUUGUGAAUAUGCAGGGGAAGUUAUCAAUGACUGUAAAGUGGAAGAACUUGGGAGUGAAAGUGAAGAUGAUUAUAUCUUUGAUGCUACACGCACUUAUCAACCUCUAGGAGUUUUGCCUGGUGAUUCUAAUAAGGCUCACCAGGUCCCAUUUCCCCUAAUAAUAAGUGCAAAAAAUGUUGGGAAUGUAGCUCGCUUUAUGAACCACAGUUGCUCUCCAAAUGUGUUCUGGCAGCCAGUCUUGCGUGAAAGCAACAGUGAAUCUUAUCUUCAUAUAGCGUUUUUUGCUAUCAGACACAUUCCUCCAAUGACAGAGUUGACAUAUGAUUAUGGGAUCACCCAGUCGGGGAAAGCAGAUGAGAGGAAGAAAAGAUGCCUAUGUGGGUCAUUAAAGUGCAGAGGGCAUUUUUACUAGCAGUCAACUAACAUGCAAACUUGGGUGAUGAUGUUGUUACUAACUUACCUCUGAAAGGUUAGAGAUCUCCAAUUUCCUAACCAAAUUUCUUCCUUACUAUGAAGUUAAAUAUCUCUCAUUAUUGGGUUUUUUCCUGUUGAAUGUGCCAACCACUAAUAAAUUAUCUUAGAUGGGGUUUUGUUCCCUUCAUAUUAGCAAAGAAUAACCUGCCUAAUAUUAUCAUGCCCAGACGCAUGAUCUGAAUUACGAGCUAUGAUCCAGUUACUCACCAUCUGGAGUCACCAUUUCAGUGUAAUCAUUCACCGCAUUCUCUGUCUUCCAAAAUUUGAAAAUAGACUUGUGUAAAAAAUCCAUAGAUGAGCAAGAUCUUGGAAACCCUGGAUUUUAGCUUUGUGAAGAUUAAGUUAAAAUAUGUGCAUGUAUAUUUACAUCAGAUGUAUAUGAUAAUAUGGGAUUGUACAAGUCUUUCUUAUGACAAUUAGUAAACCAUAUCCAUGUUGCUUCAGUUUUUAGAUGUUACAUCAUUGUGUAUUAGGGCAGCUCACUGAAAUUAUGUUCACUCAUACUCUGUUACCUUUUUCUUUCCUCAGUUAAUUUGUAGAUGACAGCAAGACAGCUUCAGGGAGAAAAUGCAUGUCUUUUUUGGCUUUACAAGUAUUGAAGAACACCAAAA